AUGGAGUACAUCACCAUCACCGACAAGAAGCUUCGAAAACUCUCCAUGCUCGUCCCUGAUAAGGAUUUUGAAAGAUUUGAGAUGGCCGUGGUGGCGUUGCAAAGUUGCUGGCGUGGGAUUAAGAUGCGCCUCCUCUACCGCAAGUGCCUGCAACUUGUUGAACUGACGACACUCAGGCGCGAGGCAGCGGAGGUGAUUCAGUACGCGUUUCGCAACCACCUCGCCACGCGAGAGGACAUAUUGGAGAAGAAGUUGCGCAGGGAGCAUCGUCUCAAGGUGGAGCGUCUUACGCUCAUCCAGCGAUACCUGUACGAGAAGCAGAGUGUAGAAGCGUUUGGAAUGCAAUGCGUUGCGGCCUUCCAGCGACUCAUUGCCCAUAUUGCAGAGGUGCGCCGACGGUACGCUGCGGCAAUCCGUCUGCAGGCAUUCUGGCGCAUGUGUAUGACGCGCAUUCGCAUUCAUCGUGCUGUAGCGGCGUGCCAGCGUAUUCAGGCCGUGUGGCGCGGCCAUUUGGGGCGACUGCGUGCACGCGAGUUGCGCACCCGCCGACGGUUGGCGGAGCAGGACCGCAUUGCAAUGCUCACUGUACGCAUCCGACCGGUGCAGCGGUGGUGGCGAAAUGUGCUGGCGGUGCGUGCUGGCCGCGCGGUGGUGGCGUCUCGCCAGCGCGACGUUGCGGCGUAUCUUGAGGCUCAGGAGUCGGCCUUUGAGGUGGAGUGGGGGCGCAUCAAGCAUCUCCCCGACGUGGAGCUGUACAUGCUGAAGAUUCUCGCCGUAUUUCGUGGCUUCCGCUGUCGCCUUGAGUGUGCGCACCGACGCAAGCUGUUGCACGUCCUGCGCCGCUUUCUGCUCCGCAUCGUGUGGAAGAAGCGGGGAGAGCGGCAACUUCUAUCCCUGCGCGAGGUACACACACAGACCCGCAUGCUGCGGCGCCGAGGCGAGGAGGUGACGGAUGCUGCGCUGCGUAUUCAGUGUCUGGUGCGCCGCUGGCUGGCGUGGCGGCAGCGCAGGGUGUUGUGGCUGCAGCUGCAGUGGAGACACAACCAGGCCCGCGUGAUUCAGCGCGCGUACCGCCGCUUCGUUGGUCGCCGGGUGAUGGCGGCGGCGAGGAUGGAGGCAAAGCUUCAGAGCGAGAAAAAGCUGAUGGAGCACCUGAUGCAUUACAGUGCCGCAAAGAUACAAGCAACAUGGCGCAUGUACAGCGAGUACAAGAGGAAAGAGGAGUAUCUGCGUGGGGACCGCCACGUCUUUGCGACACGCAUUCAAAAAGCGUGGCGCGCGUACACUGCGCAGUGGAGCGCGCACAGCAGGCGGCUCAGCCGCCGCGACGCGGCACGUGCGGUUCAGGAGGAGCACUACCGACAGGUGGCGGCGAUCCGCAUUCAGGCCGCCGCGCGGAUGUUUCUCGUGCGCCAGAGGCUGCGGCGGAGGGGCGUGUCGCUUCGGCCCACACCGGCGAUGCUGCGGCUCUGCGCGAGACGCAUUCAGUGCGCGUGGCGCCGUCACGCCGCCUACGAGUACGUGCAGCAGCUCCGCUUCUCUCGGGCCUACUACGACCAGGCGAAGAUCAACAUGGAGUCUCUGUAUACCUACGCGACGAUGAUUCAGUCGUUUGUGCGAGGACGCGUAAUCAAUCCAAAGAUUGUUGCCGCUCGUCGUCUUGAGGUUGAGCAGGAUAUCAUCGAGAACAAGAAGCGACGCGGAGAUGUGAUACGUGGGACUCGCGCGGUUAUCACGAUACAAAAGAACUUGCAUCGCGUUCUAGAACGCCGGCCCGAACCGGUUUUGCCAUCACCUGAAGCAACCAGUGAGUGGGCAUCCGAUUUCGCCCCUGCUGUUGCUAGUGCCUCCACAGCCGCCGCCCUUCCUCGUGCUGUGGUUCCUGUAGUUAUGUCUAUUCCAGCUGUUGCCCUGGCAGCUCCUCCCGUCGAACCUGCUGCGCCUAUUUGUGUCACUUCCAUGACACCUGCCGAUGCCACGGCCUCUACCACCAGAGGUGAGGGUGGGGUAGUGAUGACGCUGGAGACGGCGGUUCCGCUGCUGCAGCGAUGCGGCCGUAGCUGCUUGGCUCGGCGAGACGUUCAAACUGCGCUCUUUGCGCACCCGCGCUGGAGGUCGGCUAUUGACGUGCAGCGCGUAUGGCGCGGAUACCGCUCGCGGCAGGUCGUUGAGGUGUACUACGAGUACUGCGAGGAGGAGGAAGAUGAAGAGGUAUCGGCGGAGGGCGGGAGUUUCGCGGAAGGAGGCUCACUGUGA